AUUUUAAUUUGGCAGUUUCGUCAAGAUGGCUCAUUGACCAACCUCAACCUCAACCUCUUCCUUAACAUCAAUUUCAAGCUCCGGAUUGGUUUAACCAUGGCCGUUAAUGGCCAAAUCUAAACAUUGUUAAAUGGGUAUUGGUUAGUGGAGACGACGGAGUUGACUCUCUCUCUCCCCCUCCCUCUUUCUGUUGUUUAGUUUCUUGCGGCGAUGGUUUUCCAGCGACUGGCGGUGGUGUUCUUGGGCUGUUUUGGAGUGGGUUACCGCCAGCCGGUGAGAGCUGCGGAGAGCAACGAAGCGCCGCUGCCGUCGUCUUCAUCUUCAUCAUCGAACGACUGCGAUCUGUCCGUUGGUGGAUCGAGGAUCAAGUUGAGUGAUGGCAGGUACUUGGGUUACAGAGAGAGGGGAGUGCCGAAGAACAAAUCCAACUACAGAGUCAUCAUUGUCCACGGAUUUGGCAGCUCCAAGGAUAUGAAUUUCUAUGCUUCAGAGGAUAUAAUGGAUGAGUUGGGGAUAUAUCUGCUGUUGUUUGAUCGAGCCGGGUAUGGAGAGAGCGACCCAAAUCCAAAACGCUCUGUCAAAAGUGAGGCAUCAGACAUUGAAGAACUUGCUGAUCGGUUAGAGUUAGGACCCAAGUUCUAUGUGAUUGGAGUCUCACUCGGAUCCUACCCGGUCUGGAGUUGCCUAAACAGGAUACCAGACAGGCUAGCCGGGGCAGCUCUGGUGGUUCCUAUGAUCAAUUACAAUUGGCGGUCUCUUCCUUUCGAUCUGAUCAAGGACGACUAUAGGAAAAACCUUUCGCGAUGGACACUUUGGAUUGCUCGCCAUAUCCCCGGGCUGCUGCACUGGUGGAUGACUCAGAAAAUAUUCCCCUCAUCUUCUGUCCUCGAUCGGAAUCCAGCUUUCUUCAGCGCCAAAGACUUGGAGGUCUUGAAGAACACGCCGGGAUAUCAAUUGCUUAGCCAGAACAAGUUGAAAGAGCGCGUUGUUUUUGACUCUCUGAGACGAGACUUCAUCGUGGCUUUCAGCAAGUGGGACUUCGAUCCGCUGGACCUAAUCAAUCCAUACCCAAAAGAAGAAAGCUCUGUUCACAUCUGGCAAGGUCAUGAAGACAAGGUUGUGCCAUUUCCAUUGCAAAGAUACGUUUCCGGGAGGCUUCCAUGGAUCAGGUACCAUGAAGUUCCAGAUGGUGGACAUCUCCUUGUGUAUGAUAAUGCUGUUUGUGAAGCCAUUUUAAGGUCUCUUUUGCUUGGAGAAGAUUCUCCCUUGUACAGACCUAAAUUAAUUUGACUAACUGCUCAUAUAUCUUUCUCGUCGAAUCGACGGUCUUGUUUACUUAAUUCAUUCUUUCUAUAUUAGUAAAAUCUCUGUUUGGAGGAGUUGUUCU